AUGGCAGGAAAAGAAGCAACCGUGUACAUCCUUGAUCUCGGACGUUCCAUGGGAAAGAAGAGGCAUGGACGCGACCAGACCGAUCUCGAUUGGGCCUUGGAGUACGUCUGGGACAAAAUCACAAACACUGUUGCAACGGGCAGAAAGACUGCGCUGAUGAGCGUGAUUGGCUGCCGAACUGAUGAGACUGAUCUUGCCGGCACCAUAGAGGAGGAAGAAGGAUACGAUCAUAUCAGAGUAUUUUCAACGCUGAAGCAAUACUUGCUUGGCGACAUUCGCAAUCUUCAACAGCAUCUCAGGCCUAGCAGAACAGACAAUGGAGAUCUUCUUUCCGCUCUUGCCGUUGCAAUACACAUGAUUGACACUGCAACGAGAGGUGCCAAAGGCAACCCACUCAAAUACGACCGCAACAUCAUCAUCAUAACUGACGGUCGCGGGCAAAUGACAACAGACGAUCUGGAACAACUAGCGUCCAAAAUCAAAGACCCAGAGGCUCCCUUCGAGAUUGUUCUGCUGGGUGUCGAUUUUGACGACCCUGAUGUAGGCUUCAAAGAAGAAAAGAAGAACCCUCAAAAGGCGCAAAACGAAGACAUACUAAAAAACUUCAUCCAUGACUGCAACGGUAGUUUUGGCACACUAGCUACUGCCAUUGACCAACUUCAUAUACCUCGCCUCAAAGAGACGCGGCCUGUUCACAGCUACAGAGGAUCACUUACUUUGGGCGACCCCACCAAGUACGAUGCCACAAUCACAAUUGACGUCGAGCGAUACCCAUGUACCAUGUUAGCGAAGCCGCCAACAGCAAGCUCGUUUGUCGUGCGGACAGAUGCUGCCGGCGGAUCGGGCCCGAACCAGUCAUUCGAGCCGACAGCUGACGAAGAUCAAGAAGCAGCCGAUCUAUCAGCGGUGCGGAACCAGCGUGUGUAUCAAGUGGAAAGACAGACGGAUCCAGGCGUAAAGAAGAACGUAGAGAUGGACGAGCUGGAGCGAGGAUACGAAUAUGGCAGGACAGCCGUUCACAUCUCCGAGUCCGACAUGAACGUCGUUAAACUGGAAACCCAGCAAUCGAUGCAGCUAGUUGGCUUUGUCAAGGCAGAAGAGUUUGACCGGUUUCUGCCACUCAGUCGCACCAACUUCAUCGUGCCGCAAAGGGCCAACCAGCCUGCCCAACUAGGCCUGUCGUCCUUUAUUCAUGCGCUCUACGAGGCUGAUUGCUACGCAGUCGCAAGGCUGGUAACCAAAGACCUCAAGCCUCCAGUUUUGAUACUGCUUGUUCCACGCAUCGAACCAGAGUGGGAGGCUCUAGUGGAUGUAGAGCUCCCAUUUGAAGAAGACAUGAGACGGUACAAGUUCCCACCGCUCGAUCGAAAACUCACCGUCAGCGGCAAGACUAUCACAGAGCACAAGGACCUGCCCACCAAGGACCUUGUCGAUGCCAUGAGCGAUUAUGUGGAUGCCAUGGACCUAUCAACCUUUGGUCGCGACGAACAUGGCAACGAAGACGAGUACGCCAAGCCAGAAGACACAUUCUCACCUCUGGUUCACCGUGUCAACCAUGUCAUACGAUGGCGGGCGACACAUCCCGACCCCAGUCUCCCGAUCCCCGAUCCACCAGAAACUCUUAUGAAAUACUCCAUGCCACCCGCCGAGCUCGUUGCGUCAGCUGAAAAGCAACUCAAUGCAGUGAAGCAAGCAGCAAAUGUAAAGAAAGUACCACCAAAGGUCAAGGGACGCGGCAAGCGCCAGCGCACCGAGCGUGAGAAGCCUCUUUCGGGUUUGGAUGUCGACCAGCUCUUAGGCAAUCCCAAGCGUGUCAAGAUCGAACCCAACAACCUCAUUCCGUCGUUCAAGCAGGCUCUUGCUGCUGCCGACGACAUGGACGCAAUCCAGGAAGCUGCAGAUGGCAUUGCAAACGAAAUUCGAGCGCUCAUCAGGAACAGCAUUGGUGACAGCGCGUACCAACGCGCGCUCGAAGCCAUCCGUGUGAUGCGCGAAGAGCUCACUGAACUCGAAGAGCCAGAGAUAUACAACAAAUUCGCGAAGCAGUUGAAGGAAGAAAUUCUAGGCGGUAAGCUGAAUGGAAACCGCAGGGAUAUGUGGUGGAGGAUCAAGGGCAACCGCUAUGGUCUUGUCGAUUCCAAGAGGAGUUAUGUUAGCCCCGUCACAGAGGACGAAGCGAAGCGAUUCUACGAGACGUGA